GAGAGAGGAGGGAAACGUGUCACCAGCUCGGCUCCGGGAGCUCCGCUGCCGCCGCGUUUGUGGACUCGCGCGGGAGAGGACUUGAGUCUGGACCGGACCCCGCGGAGGGCAGAGCCGGGAGAGGAGGGAGAGAAGGAGGCUGAGCAGAGCGCGGCGGCGAGAGCCAUCCAGGUCGCUCACUGCUCUCGGGACGGAAGGCUCACGCGAGGCGGCUCAGCGGCAGGUCUGCUCCAGAGACUCGCUUGGAAAUAGUUCUGGGCCGGAGUCUGCUGGCAUCCUUGCUGGGGCAGAGUUCUGGACCUGUUGCCCAGACGUUCAUUUUGAUAUCUACCCUUGAAGGCCUUCCAUGAAGAACCCAGGGUCCCAAGUACUCAAGAAGGUCCUACUUGUUCACAUGGAAGUUUUUGGAAGUUUCUGGAUCAGAGCAGUGUGGUAGCACUCAAAUGAGGGCACAGGAGUUGGGUGAACAGUGGAGGAACUAAAGGGACAGUCUGGAUAAUUCUGACAGUAGUUAUCCCAUGGAAGAAGGAGAGAGGCCCAGAAGGGCCAGUCAGACAGUGAACAAGUAAACACAAUGACUUCAGCUCGCUUGAAGGUACCAUGAAGAAACGAAGCUUCCUUCCUGUAAGGGACAGAGCAUACAGGCUGCCUGAACCUGGUGUUGGCUCACGUUGUGGUUUUGAGAAAGCCUGAGGGCCAGAAAGCAGUCCUGGGAGAAGCCCUCUGGGUGGGCAGUCGGAACCUUCAGGUCCAGAGGAGAAGCCGUCCCCUCACCUGGACUUAUGACCCGCGGCUUCGCCCCCAGCCUGCCUGUCGAGUUCCCCAAGAUGGGCUCUUUCCGCAGGCCCAGACCGCGCUUCAUGAGCUCCCCGGCGCUCAGCGACCUGCCCCGCUUCCAGGCAGCCCGCCAGGCUCUGCAGCUGAGCUCCAACUCGGCCUGGAACAGCGUCCAGACUGCCGUGAUCAAUGUCUUUAAAGGGGGCGGCUUGCAAAGCAAUGAGCUCUACACACUGAACGAAAACAUCAGGAGGCUGCUGAAGAGUGAACUUGGAUCGUUCAUUACAGACUAUUUUCAGAACCAGCUUCUAGCAAAAGGACUGCUGUUUGUGGAGGAGAAGAUUAAGCUGUGUGAAGGUGAAAAUCGCAUGGAGGUUCUGGCUGAAGUCUGGGACCACUUCUUCACUGAGACGCUCCCCACCCUGCAGGCAAUAUUCUAUCCAGUUCAGGAGAAGUGUCUGGCCUGCAGCGCACUGCUCUUUUCAUCUCAUCCUCAGCUCCACCCUGCACCCCUGCGAGAGGAUUUGAAGCCUUUAUGUGGAUGGUUCACUCCCUGUGUCCACAGACUUGUCCCUUCUCUGCAAUACUCACUCUUCGGCCAACAGUGGGUCUUAAGAAGACACACCAGGGAGGGCCAGGAGCUGACCAUCCGCCAGAUCUCCCUGCUGGGCUUCCGCGACCUGGUCCUGCUGAAGGUGAAGCUGGAUGACUUGCUGCUGCUGGCCCAGCCCCAGCUGCCCUCGUCCAUCGUCCAGAUGUUGCUCAUCCUGCAGAGUGUCCACGAGCCCACAGGCCCAAGCGAGGGUUAUUUGCAGCUGGAGGAGCUGGUGAAGCAGGUCAUUUCUCCUUUCCUCGGCAUCAGCGAGGACCGCAGCGUCUCAGGCCCCACGUACACACUGGCCAGGCGCCACUCCAGGGCCCGGCCCAAGGUCACGCUCUUGAGCUACGCCUCCCCGAUGACUGCCGUCAGCCGGCCCCUGAACGAGAUGGCCCUGACCCCUCUGACGGAGCAAGAGGGCGAGGCCUACCUAGAGAAGUGUGGCAGUGUCCGGCGACACACGGUGGCCAAUGCCCACUCGGACAUCCAGCUGCUGGCCAUGGCCACCAGGAUGCACUCGGGCUUAGGGGAGGAGCCUGGCGGCGAGGACAAGUGCCUGCUUCUGCCACCCAGCUUCCCGCCGCCCCACCGGCAGUGCUCCAGUGAGCCCAACAUCACUGAUGGCCCUGAUGAGCCGGAGCAGGUGGCAGCGGGCAGCCAGGAGGACUCAGAGCUGAACUGUUCAUCCCUCAGCUGAAUGCCCGCCUCUGGGACCUCCCAGCUCCUGCCUGGCCACCAGGAUGAGGGCGGCUUCAUCCGCGAGGACCGCCGAGGGGAGCUCUUCCUUUGGGCAAUGCUGCCUUAUGCCUUUCCAGGUACAGGCUAGUGUGAGCACCCUUGGGAAAAUCCCCGUCGUGAGCCUUUCCAUUUUCAUGACUGUGACCACCUACCUCUUGGCGGCCACACAGAUCCAACUGCCUAAUGUUCACCUUCUGACUUUCAGCCUUGCCUGCCUGACUCAACUCAAAUCCUCCUCUCUGGGCUUUUCCCCUCAGAUAUUGGACUAUCUGAUCCUCCCAGCCCUAUAUUGCAGUGCCCCUGGCGUUCCUAUAGCAGGAAGUCGUCCGACCCACACACACAGCCAGCAAGGAUGUGUUGGCGUGUGGAGUUCCCCUUGAGGGUCCUUGUGAUACAGAGGCCGAUGGGUGAAAAGAGGCAAUAGAGAGGUACCUCUUCUCUCCGUCUUGUGUGGAGUAAAAGUAGACUGCAGCCCCUCCCAAGCCUGACUCUGGGAAUGCAGCUUUCAUUUCAGUUUCAGAAUUACUGGGAAAGAGUGGCCCCACCGGUGGGUGAGGGUCUGUCCUCACCUAUAUCCAGACCCUAUGUGCUGCCCUUGGCUUUUGGCCCAGGAGGGCCACAGUGCUGGAGGAACCCCGUCUUUGAUUAAGCCUCAGCAUUCCCCUCUCAGGCUUCCUCCCCGACUCAAGGAACUAACCUUCCCGGUGGAGUAGCUGGUGCCUCCCUCCCUUUCUCAUUUCAGAAACUGACCCUUUUCCUAUUGUGGGGUUGGGGCCAGCUGAUACCAACCAACCAGUCUGUUCCUGGAUUUGACUUGAAUUUUUUAAAUGUGCAUCGUUUCAAAAAUAAAUUGCUUGCAAGUAUUUGCACGUAGGAUCUUGUACCGCUCAUUUCCAAUGGGGUGUGUCUUCAAACUGAAAAACAGCAAGCCCCCUAAGAAAGGAGACUGGAAGUGGUCCAGGGUGAAAGUGAUCCGUGGUGGGCAGGGCUUAGAGGCCGCAGAGGUCUGGAAGCAGCUGGACUUGAAUCCAGUGUGGCCUGUGUUUGUGAGUGUUGUGGUUUAUAGGAAAAGUUGCAUUGAGAUAGAGAGACUCAGCUUGUCUCAUGAGCUGAGAGUUCUAGCAAAUGGGAUGUCUCAGCGCUCUACAGUGCAGGGAGCUGGGAAAGAUGUGGGCAGGACCUUUUGGAGAGAUGUCCAUUCCCUGUGAUUAAAGAAGUGCCUGGAAUGUAUAACCUGUGGGGCCUUGACAUGUUUUUGGGGGCAGCGGGCUUUGGUACUGUGCUAUAUAUAUCCUCAGCACUCCUCCCUCCAUCCAGGUCUGGGCUUUUUAUCUCCGUUGACCUCCCUGUUCUUUUUGUAUUUGCCUGUUGGCCCCGCUGAUAACAGCUCCAGAAAAAAGAGAAGGCCCCUGGGCCCUUCUGGCACCUUCUAGGUAUCCUGUUAAUCUUUGGAAACUUUGUUUAUGAAAUGUCAGAGACAUGAGCCAGUUUGGCUUCCAAUAUGGCAGGAGGUGGCCGGGAGAGAAUGAGGACAGUUUAAGCUGCCAACAGAGGAGGAAAGCUUCUAAGCUCAUCUAAGCCUUGACAGCAUUUCCCUUCUGGGUGAAGAUUUGAAAUAUGACCAGAGGCAUGCUUUUGAUGGCUUUUGAUUUGGAAAUUUUGUUUAAAAAGUUGUUUCGUUUUCAGCCUUUUAAGAGAUUGAUGGAAGAGAAAUGUCCAAAGGAGAUCUUCUGAGAAUUUCAAACAAAAAAUAAUCUGUGUAUGCGUUGGAUAAAGUCCACAAAUUCACUAACAGGUAUCAGUAGGUAACAACAUGAUGAUUUAUUUAACUGAUGGCUUCUGUCCUUAUUGGUACACUUAGCACUUGGGACUAGUAUUUAUUGAUCCAGGCAAAGUAAUUAAUCAUGCUUGGGUUUGCUUUUUUAGUUUACAACCUGAAUGAUAUAUAUGUCUGUAAAUGCUUUUUCCACACACUAAAUGCCCCUGAUGGGGACAUCAGUCAUCAGUUAAAUAUGUAAGCUCUUAGGCUGAGAAUGGGAGUGUCAGUACAGACCCAGUGUACUUAAUUGCUAAUGAAUGUUAGCCAGUUUACAACUUUACCUUUGAUGUACACACCUGAUAUUUGUACAGUAUUUCACACUGUACAUAUAAAAA